AGCAGAGGCGAGAGGCGGCCAGAGCGGGCAGCGGCGGCGUCCGAGGCGGCGGCGGCGGCCCCUGCGCUCGCUGCUUCGAGCGGCUGCGAGGGAGGCAGGGCAGCGGCAGGAGCCGUCCGAGCGCCGAGAGCCGGCGCUGCCGACAAUGGCGGGCGGGCGGAGGCAGAGCGGCGGGCCGGCCGGCGGGCGAGCGCUGCUGCUGCCCGCUGUGCUGCUGUGCCUGUGCUGCCGGGCGGCGCCGGAGCGGCUCCGCUACGCCAUCCCCGAGGAGCUGCCCACGGGCUCGCUCGUGGGGCCGCUGGCACGGGAUCUGGGGCUCAGCCCGGACGAGCUGCCGGUGCGCAAGCUGCGGCUCAGCGAGGAGAAGCAAUACUUCACCGUGAGCGAGGAGAACGGGAACCUGUACGUGAGCGAGAGGCUGGACCGGGAGGAGCUGUGCGGCGAGUCGGCGUCCUGCUCCGUCAGCUUCGAGGCGCUGGUGCACAACCCGCUUAAUGUUUUCCACGUUGAGGUGGCCAUUGAGGACGUGAAUGACAACUCUCCUACCUUUAGGAAAGCUGCUCUGGAGCUCGAAAUCAAUGAAUGGACUUAUCCAGGUGCUCGUUUUCCCCUGGAGAUGGCCCGAGAUGCAGACGUGGGCAGCAACUCUCUGCUGACUUACGAGCUCAGCAGCAACCCGUCCUUCUCUCUGGCCUUAAAGGAGAGCCGAGGCGGAAAGAAGCAGCCGGAAUUAGUGCUGGAGAGAGCGUUGGACCGGGAGAAACAGAGUUCCUUUGAACUGGUUCUUACUGCACUGGAUGGCGGGGAUCCCGCGAGGUCCGGGACUCUACAGGUUCGGAUCAACGUGACGGACGCUAAUGACAAUCCGCCUGUGUUCAGCAAAAGUGUCUACGAGGCGCGAGUGGCGGAGAAUCUGCCGGCGGGGUCGCUGGUGCUGCAGGUGCGUGCCACGGAUGCGGACGCGGGGUCCAAUGGGCGGGUCCUCUAUUCCUUCGGCGACGUCCCGGACUCCGUCAGCGCUUUAUUCUCUGUCGACAGCGAAAGCGGGAAUAUCAGGACAAUGGGUCCCCUCGAUUUCGAGGAGAAGACCAAAUACAGUUUCGGUUUGGAGGCGACUGACGGCGGAGGGCUUACCGAUCACUGUGAAGUGCAGAUAGAUGUCACAGACGAGAAUGACAACGCACCCGAGAUCACGAUUCUGUCCCUGUCGAGCCCCAUUUCGGAGGACGCACCGGUCGGCACCGUGGUGGCCCUGCUGAAAGUUCGUGACCGGGACUCCGGCGAGAACGGUGAGGUGUCGUGCGAGCUGUCGGGAGAGACGCCGCUGUCGAUCGUGGCGUCGUCGGGCGGCUCGUACAAGGUGGUGACGGCGAGCGCGCUGGACCGCGAGCAGGCGUCCGAGCAGCGCGUGACGGUGGUGGCCCGGGACCGGGGCAGGCCGGCGCUAUCGAGCACGGCGGAGCUGGUGCUGGAGGUGUCGGACGUGAACGACAACGCGCCGGUGUUCGAGGAGGCGGCGUACAGCGCCUACGUGCGGGAGAACAACGUGGCGGGCGCGCUGGUGCUGCGCGUGAGCGCGCGGGACGCGGACGCGGGCGCCAACGGGCGCGUGAGCUACUGGCUGGCGGGCGGCAGCGCGGGCGCGGCGGGCGCGGCGCCGCUCGUGUCGGUGGAGGCGCGGAGCGGCGCGGUGUACGCGCAGCGCUCCUUGGACUACGAGCAGUGCCGCGAGUUCGCGGUGGCCGUGCGGGCGCAGGACGGCGGGGCGCCGGCGCGCAGCUCCACGGCCACGGUGCGCGUCUUCGUGCUCGACCAAAACGACAACGCGCCGCGGGUGCUCUACCCGCCGCCGGCGGCGGGAGGGGCUUCUUCGGUGGCGGCGGCUUUCGAGGUGGUGCCGCGGUCGGCCGAGGCCGGCUACCUGGUGGGCAAGGUGGUGGCGGUGGACGCGGACGCGGGGCGCAACGCGUGGCUGUCGUACGAGCUGGUGCAGGCGUCGGAGCCGGCGCUGUUCCGCGUGGGGCUGCAGAGCGGCGAGGUGCGCACGGCGCGGGCCGUGUCGGAGCGGGACGCGGCCAAGCAGCGGCUGGUGGCCGUGGUGAAGGACCACGGGCAGCCGGCGCUGUCGGCCACGGCCACGCUGCACGUGGUGCUGGCCGACAGCUUGCAGGAGGCGCUGCCGGAGCUGAGCGAGCGGCCGGCGGGCGCCGACGCGCCGGCCGAGCUGCAGUUCUACCUGGUGCUGGCGCUGGCGCUGCUGUCGGCGCUCUUCGUGCUCAGCGUGGCGCUGGCCGUGCUGGCGCGGCUGCGCCGGGCCGGGCCGCCCGCCGUGCUGCGCUGCCUGGGCGCGCAGCGCUUCUCGCUGGCCGGCGCCGCCUUCCCGCCCGACUUCUGCGAGGGCACCUUGCCCUACUCCUACAACCUGUGCGUGGCCGCGCCGGCCCGCGCCGCCGCCGAGGCCGCUUGGCCGCCGCCGCCGCUGCCCAUCCUGCCCGCCGAGGAGCUUCUGGCCGGGGAGCCCUGCGGGAAGCCGAGCCCGAGCAGCAGCGCCGUCGCGGGAGAGCCGCCCAAAGACCCCGACGCACCACAGGUAUUUAAGUCUGUGCUGUCCCGUUGAUCUCUUGGUACUCUUCCUAACCCUUAUUGUGUGUUCAUCUAAUUUUCUCACCGUGUGGUUGAUGGGGAGUGCUGGUCUCUGGCUCAUUGAUGGAAUGAAAGAAUGGUGGUCACUCUAUCUUGUUAUAGUGACAAGAGGUGACACCUUUUUUUCUUUAUUGGGCUGCCAAAAGCCUGUGGAACCAUGAAUGGACAAGAGACAUGCCUCCAACUCGAAUCAUAGAGAGUGUCUCUUUCUAGGCAAUGUCACUGCAGAAAUGGCAGAAAUGUUGGCAGUAGUGGGACACAUAAUUUUUUUUACCUUCUGAAGAGUAAUUCCCUCUUUUUUUUUUUGGCCUUUUUUCUCUGUCUUUUAUACAGAGGUAAAGCUGUAUAAUUGGUUCCUAGAGACCUAGUUCUCUCAGCAAUUUUUUGCAAUAAUUGUUACAUCCGUGUGUUUAAAAGGAUAGACCGCUGAGGACAACAUGUAUCAAAUAUCAAGAGAUAUGCCAAAUGACAGGUAAAAUGUGUCUUACCCACAUGAAAAUGCAAGAAUUAGAACA